CUUUUGUCGUAUUGAUUGCUCUAAGGUAUGAAUUAUUUGUGCCUCUAACUAUAACAUACCCGUGAAACAGUGAAGUGUGAUUGUUCGCUGUUUACCAAUGUGUUUAUGAACGAUUUGUGUUGAACUUACGCGUAUGAUGUUUAAUUUAUCAAUCGAUGGUUACUUGAUCACCUGUCAGUUUAAAUUGUGUUUAAAUGCAAAUGAAGACGAAUAACGACAGCAACAAAAAUUACCGUAAGCAAAGUUUGAUUGAUUAAAUUCAGCUGUCGCAGAAGUUCAACUCCUGAAGACCAAACCGUCCAUCUUUCAAACUGCUUUUAAAGUUUCCGGUAAGUUUGAGAUUUUUAAAUUAUGCAUACUAUUGUAUUCUGUCGAAAUAUCUACGAAGCCUUGAAACAAUUUCGAAUUUCAAAGUCAUGGAGCUGUGUUGAUGAGGCUUUCAACUUCAUAUUAUGUGUUGCCUGGUUGAAAAUUACCUCCCCCCCCUCUCUUUCUUAGUUCAUAAAGUUGUUCUGAACACCUCCUUUUACUAAAGCCCCAUUCAAACGAUCAUGACAGAUGAUAAAGUCAGGCAGUGAGAUCGCAUAAUUGUAAAGAAAAAUGACGCGCUCUGAGGUCAGCAAUUUCGCCGACCUUGCAAGCCUACCUGGAGAUGAUGAUAAUGAACCACAAGACAUUAUACAAAAUUUUGGUGGCUAUUUUAGUCAUUUAUUAUUUGCCAUUCUGGUUUUAGCCCGUUUUUGGCAAACUAGGGCAAACUGCGGACCGAAAAUCAUUAUUCACUGUCACCCGCUCAUUCAAACCGCAAAAAUUAUCAUCAACUAUCAUAUCGAAUUUGAACUUGCCCAAACUACAUGAUAGCUGAUGAUAGUCGAUAAUAGUACCUGAUAGUUCGUGUUCAAACGCGCGUGAUAGUUGAAAAUGUCAUCAACUAUCAUGACCGUUUGAACGGGACCUAAGAGAUGAGUGGAUAACUUGCAUUUGCAAUAUUUACAUCGUUUGACAAUCGUGAACGACGCUCUUCUACUGACUGAAUAACACGGAUUUUAUACUUCCGCUGUGUGUAUGCGUCACAGAGUUGCUUCGGCGUCAUACAUUUUAACCUUUGGUGACGCCUGAUUACAGCUUAUAGAUUCGUAAUCAAAAAGAAAGGCAGAAUUUAUUGAUUUUUCUGAGGCAUUCACUUUAUUCAGUUUGAGAUAGUUAUAUGAUACAGUAUUACGUUAUGUUCUUAUAUCACACAAACAUCCCACCAAAUUGUACCGAACCGGCAUUUGUGGAAGCACAAAUACUACGUUCAUAAACAAAACAAAGUUCACUAUUACCAGAGUAUUACAUAUUUAUCUUCUGCACCUGCAUUCUCGCAUUGUUCGAAGCUGACAACCUCUAUAGUCAAAGCAGAUGUAAGCGCAGAAAUAAAGGGACGCAACGGCAAGAUUAUUUUGCACUAAAGCGAUAAAAUUUGUGUUUGGUUCCCUGCCGAUUUGACAAUUUCGAUAUCAAACUUUACCUAACUCACAAAUCAAAUACCCGCCGAAAAAGCUGGAUCAGUCAUGCUUGCAAGCAUGUAUUCGUAAAGUGCUUUUUCAGCCGAAGCAAGUCUAUUCGAAAAGAACCAGUCAAUUUCUAGCUAUUAUUACAAGGAAUUAGCAACUCUGUGCGCGACUACAGGUGUGUGAGCUCUUUGCCCGGCGAACUUCCAGUCCCACUGCCUUGCACUAGGUCAUUUCAAUCAUCAUAUAAAGCGGAGUAUAAUAACAACAAUGAUAAAAAUAAGAUUGUUAAUACUAAUAAAAUAAUUAUAAUAUUAGAAUUAUCUACAAGGAGACUGAAAGACAAGACGUGAGCUUGAUUUCCUCCGCCCUGCCGAGUUUAAAAACAUGGCAUGUAAUCUAGGCCAGAAAAGUGCCGCUUGCGUGAAUUCAAUUUUUUCUCAUUUUCCCACGCAAUGCCAAUAUAAAAAUUAAACACAUAUAUAUCACGGAUGUGACCAAUGCUUUUCCCGCGCGCUGAUUAACCGCCUCGGAAAGAAAUUAAUAAGUACUUUUCACUCCCAAGCGGUUGAAGAGACAAAUCGCGUUUAAUUUCCGAAAAGUGAAAAAAAAACCCUUUUUUUCGUUUUCUGCGUGAUGUUUACUAAAACAAUUAUUCACUUAAGUGCCGAUAAGAGUGGUGAAUAUUUACCUAGCCGCUUUUGCUUCGCUCUCGGAAAACUGUUCGUAUCUUGGACUAGAUAAUAUCUGCGGACAAAUAUCCGUACAUAUUUUUGCGCCAAAUAGAGGCUGUUGUUUAUCUCUUCACCAUCAAUUCGGUAAAUAUAUAUAUAUAUAUAUAUAUAUAUAUACCCGUUUUCAAAAACGUUGCAGCUUUGAAAGGUAUAUGUAUUUAAAAUAUAUAUUUUUAAAUUUUCAACGUUUAUGCAAACGGUGUAUAUAUGUAUAUAUACAUACAUACAAAUAUAUAUCGCGCUCUUCUCCUACUUAUCGAGCACUAUACUACGGAAAAAUCGAAACACAUACUUCUUACAUUUAUAUAUAUGAGUCUAUAAACACACUUUGCUAUACCUGAAGAGCCGCAACAGCGGUGAAACGCGUAGCGCAAAAGCGAAGUUAAAGUUAAAAGAAGAUUUUCGUUUUUCAUAGGUUUUAUGUAUGUAUAAUAACAUCUUUUACUUGAGCUGUUGUACGACGAGUGUGCUUUAAAGAGAGAACUCAGCAAGCACAUCUGGACCCUCAAAGGCAACAACAUCGAGCACUUUAUUUCCUGGCGCAUUCUCUCAUCACACUCGCCGUACAACAGCUCAAGUAAAAGAUAUAAUCUCUGCAUCAAAGAAAAAUUCCAAAUCAUCUGCCGACCCGAACUAUCAACACUAAACAAACGUAAUGAACUCGUGUCUUCCCGCUGCCACAGAAACAAAGCCCUCCAACGCAACAACUAAACUGUUAAAUUUCGCGCUGCAUAAAUUAGAUUAUAUCGUAUAUAAGCGAUCGUAAAGAUUAUUCUCAUUAAAUCCCCUGAUGAGUGGGCAACCACGAAACAGGUCUGUGGGGAUGAACUGGUAGUUUAUUUAUCUUUUUCCUCCCACAAUAUUUACAUCGCUCUACUCCUAUGUAUUGAGCACUGUUUUACGUAAGUCAAAGUUUACACUUUUUCAUUUUCUUUUUCAACCUCUGCCUGCAAUUUUGCUCUAUCAAGAGCUGUACGUCGUAUUUGAAAAAUAUCCCUGAAAAAUUUGAGACAUGUUUUCCACUUAACACCUAGUGGUUCGCUUUCAGAUUUCUGAAGGGACUCAAUCCACAUCACUCCUUUUUUUUUUGUUACGUUAAGUUUAAGUCUUGAAGCUUUUUUAAAACGUCCAAGUAACGCAAACAAGGCUCAUGCAGAAUCCAAAUCUGAUGUGACAGCAGUUGUGUCGUUAGCAAACUGCAAAAAUUUCGUUUCUAAACCGUCUAAAGUUAUUCCUGUAGUGUUCUCAUGAUUUCUUAUAGCAAUCGCUAGGAUAUUAACCGCAGUGACAAAAAGGUAAGGGGAAAGAGAACAGAUUUGUAUUGCAGCUGUACCGUGGGAGGGGGCUCCCAAACGGUUCAUUAUAUUCAUCCAAAGGGAUUUGUUUGGAACGCUCCAUUUUUAUUUCCUCUCAUAAUAUAUGCCCCCAGUUUGAUUUACCCACGGUAAAACACAAUAUAGAGAAAAUCCGUCACAAUCGAGCAAAGAGAAAGGAAGCUUUUAGGUUCCAGCUUUGAAAGUAAAAGUCUUGUUUCUCUUGAGUAAUGAAAAAAUUCUCAUUAUCUUUGAAAAAAAUAUUUAUUUCAAGUACUUAAGGGUUUCAAAGCAGAGUGAUGUAUUGUUAUUUCCCCCUCCUCAACACAAAUAUAUUUAUUCAAUGAUAUUUUUAUCUCUUGUAGCGUUUCCAACAAAGCCUUUUUGUACUCAAGCGAAGUCAUAAUAAAAUCUUGGAGAAUUUUCCCAUGGUUUUUUUCGCUGAAUGUGUUUGAUGGGCCUCCAUUAAGAAGUACAUUGAGUGAACUGAGGGCAUUUGUUAGCUUAAAAAAAACUUCAGUCUAGUAGAUCAAGGCAUAGCAACAAGAAAUGAACAACAUCACAGCACGGGAAAACCAAACAGCGGCCGGGCCGUUGUCGAGGACAAAUGUGACAGCCAUUGCAGAACUGGUACCAAUUGCAUCGGUAAUUGUUAUCAUGAACACAUUAGUUUUCGUCGUGUUUCUCAACUCGGAAAAACUACGAACACCAGCCAAUAUGAUCCUCUUCAGUUUAGCGAUCACAGACUUCUUAACUGGAGCACUGAAUAUUCCUAUGUUAAUCAUGGUGGUUUUCACGCCUCUUAUUGCAUCAAACACUGUUCGCUUUCACCUUGGUUAUCUGCUUCCGGUAAUUCACACAGUUACUGCAAUUCUUUCAGUUUAUCACAUAGUUUUUGCAACUUUGGAAAAGUACCUGUCAAUCAUCUGGCCAAUAACUCAUCGUCUAGUGAAAAAGCAAACAGUUAUCAAAAUUUUGAUGAUGGUGUGGUUGUUUGCAUUCGUCAUUGGGUUCAUACCUUUUGCUUGGAUAAACAAAAUCUCUAGCCCACUGGGAAUGAAGUAUGUCAUAGGCUACGUGGCUUGCUGUUUUGUAGUGGUGUUUUUAGUGCCAUACAUUAUCAUGGUGUAUGCCUUUUUUAAAAUGUUCAGAGCCAUUGCAAGGGGAGCGGGACAAAAUGGCACAAGCAGAACAAGAAAAAAGCUCAAAAGGAAAAUAGCCCGGGAGAGGAAGUGUGCUACAUUGUUUUUUGCCAUGGCAUUACUAUUUGUAAUAUGCUGGUUUCCAUGGUUUUUGUUGCAACUGCUCAUCCCCCUGAAUUUGAAAUCUCUACGAGUUCCAGCUCACGUGUUCGCUAUUGUGCGAUAUGUCACAUCUUUCAUAAACCCAAUGCUAUACAGCCUAAUGAGACCGGAUUUUAAACAAGCAGUGAAAAACUUAGUACGUAGAAUGAGAUUACCCCGCGUGUUGACGUUCAGAUUUAGUUGUCUGGGAAAGGAUAAGGGAAAGAAAAACCUCGAUGGUGAUGUUGAUCCCGAUUGUUCUUCACCAUUUGAACAGCUCUAUAAUCUCUCAAACCAACCUGAAGGAUCAAUGAAGAACGAGGAUCCGAGCACGGUAGAGAUCCAACUUGGCGAUUGAUUUAGACUCAACCUUCUGAUGUGAUAUCCAAAGGAAGUUACAGCGAAGGAAAACAACACAACCGUUGGGAGUAGUCAACAUUUAGAGUGGUUCAACUCAAUAGUAGCUCUGACGUCUCCAGUCUCGAAAAGACGUAUGGUUUUCUGUGUAUAGAUACAUGUUAUUCUAACAAUCAGGGUUGAAAUAAACUAACAAAAUGUCUAAAGU